UCAAAGGUUUAGGGUUUAUAGUGUAACAAGCUGAUGUGAGGAAAUUAUCAUAUAGUUACUUACUACUAAAGGCUUUCUUUCCUAGGUGAUAAAUUUGGGUUUAUUUGGACCUAACUUUGAACCCAAUCCUAUGGCUGGCAUGCUGGUACGAGACCCACUGCUCGUCAAUAACAAGCUUCUUUAUGAAAUACUAAAUCCAGAUUCCUGUAAUGAUGAAAACCACGAGGACCUAGAUUUUGGUAACCUUCUCUCCAAGAUGGCCACACCUACUGCCUCGAUGGGUUUAUCAGAGUUGUUCGAAAAUAUGCUUAGUAUAUUUAGUAGUGGGAGUCCACAAAAUUCUCUGUCUGAUCCAUUUUCAAAGGGUGAAGGUGCGCCAACCUUUCUGCUUUUUGGUAUGCCUGAAACAAAAGUGUCCAAGAAAUUGGCUCUCAGUUUCAUAGCAUCUAAGGACUCCACCUUUGAAACUGUUGGACUGGUUAAAGGCAAGCCAGGGGGGGUUGGGGGUGGUGUUACAGUGAGGUAUGGACACCAUUUGAUGAACCUCUUGACAGUUCGACGAGCUCGGCCUCGACUCUUGGUGGAUGGACCCAAUGGUACAACAUUUCAUCCUGAUGUUGCUGAGGUAAUCCCACGCGUUGAUGGUUUAAUAUGUUACAUGGAUGCCACAUGUCACUGUGACAAUAGCAGUAACAAGAGCUUGUAUAACAAAAAACAAAAUGUCUGCUGCACAAAUUCUCACACAAUUGAUGUGCUGGAGCUAGAAGCAAUGAUGAGGACGAUCCCUUCAGAACUAUCACCACCCAUCCUUGUCCUCCUAGCACACAUGGAUGACCCUCAGCCCAUAUCUAACGACUCUGACUUUGACGGUGAUGAUUUUGCAAAUACGUGUAAUAAAUCCCAGGCCUAUCACAGUGGUCAUCCAGCACGUCACCGCCCUACCAUGUUACAUAGUGUUCUUGGGACGCUGGAUCUGCCAUGGGCUGUGAGUAUCACUCUCAGAUGUUGUUGUCUGUUUCUCGAAUAAUAUAGUGACCUUUGUUAUACUGUAUUUUUAUGUUGAUAAAGAUUCACAGAGUAAUGAUGAGGGAGAAGAAAUCUUUCUGUUAACAAUAGCUAACAUUGACAGGAUGAAUGAUUAAUUUAAGGAAAAUUCUAAAUUGUCCAUUCUGUAGAGAGUAGAUGAUGAUAAUUGACUCAGGGAAAGCAUGGAAUGUAAUGUAUUAGAAGUGCAUGGUGUGUGUGGGUAGGUACUUCAAAUUGCGAUAAAGUUUUACAAAGGAACAUUAAUUACUGUACAGUACGUAAUUAUCAGCAGGGGAUUGGAAAAUGGCUCUGGGUCAAGGUGGGAGUUAGUUAGAGUUGUCAUCUGUCUACAAGGGUGUAUAAUAUAACCCUAUGUCUGGCACAGGUGACUCAGGUAAAGUCAGACAGAUCUACUGGUUGAACACUUAAGGUUCUUGGGAUCCCCUGAAUGUUGACUGGAGCUAUUUCAUAAAUAACCAAGUUGGCUUUGCCGUCACAACCCUGUCCCUUUAGUGAAAAAUGGAACAAAUUGAGAUCAGCUUACCUGUUACUUCCACUCAGAAUGAUAUGCAUCUCCUAGGAGACCACUCUAAGGAUUUUAUGGUUGUGGCUCAAUUUAACCAAUUAAA